AUGACCCUAUCACUCGAGUUCAUCCACCUCACCGCAUUCUCCACCCAUAUUGCAGGAGGAAAUCCUGCCGCAGUGGUCUUCCUAACACCUGAGCAGGAUGCCAUCGUCUCCGACGCUACCCGACAGGCGAUUGGUGCCAAUUGGGCCCAGCCGAUGACCGCUCUGGUCGUUCCCCGUCCGCCUUCGGCCGCGAGCAAAUCAGACGAGGAGAGACAUGCAACUUUAUGCGCUGCUUCGGCGAUCUUCAAUGAUCCUCGCCUUUCUUCGCCUACGGUCACCACCCUGCAAUUCCACGCUAAGAACGGGCGCAUCACCGCGCGCAAGACUGAUGACGGUCUUGUCGAGAUUGAACUCGCGGCCGGCAAGCAUCAGCCGUUGGUCGGCGACGAUCCACGCGCUGUGGCACUGAAAGCGGCCCUCACUCGCGCGUUUGGUCCCGAUGUUCCUAUCAAGUUCAUGGCCGCUGGGCUGGAGCAUCUCGACGUGUACUGUCUUGCUGAGGUUGAGACCGACGAUCUGAGGGGUUUGAAGGUGAAGAUAUCUGAGUUGGUCGACUCUCCAUUCAUCGCCCAUAUGAUCACGACGUCGUCCAAGAAUCCUUCUGUCGCCUUCGAGUCUCGCAUGUUCGCACCGGCGGCCAUGAUACCCGAGGAUCCCGUCUGUGGCACCGGCCAUACGUUGAUAACUCCGUAUUGGGGUGCUAAAUCCGGGAUCAUGGAACAACUUGCUGGCGAGGGGAUACGCACUGUUCAAGUCAGUUCGCGUGGCGGGGAGCUCAAAGUGCGCUUAGAUGAGCAGAAUGGCCUCAUCAGGCUGGCAGGGCCUGUGACAGUGAUUUCUAAGGGGAAGCUGUUCGUGUAG